AAUGAAUAAUUUCCACUCCCAAUUAGACUUUUUCCCUGUUCACAACUACCAUAUCCUUCCAGUCAUCAUCUUCUUCGUUUUGAUCUGGUCUCCAUUUUUUUGCAGCCAACAAGAGUAUAGAGACUACACUAGAACCCGAAAAGUUCAAAGAUAUCAAAAGGGAUGGCAUCAGAUUCAGAAUACUACACAUUCGGGCCUCACAAGAUACAUCCAAAGUUCAUAUUCUAUACCACUAAUCUUUCAUAUGCAAUGGUCAACCUUCGUCCCGUCCUUCCUGGUCAUGUAUUAGUGAUACCAAAGCGGGAGGUUAAGCGAUUUGGAGAUCUGAAUGCUGAUGAGAUCUGCGACCUAUGGCUCACAACCCAACUAGUUAGUGGCAAAUUGGAGUCCUACCAUAAUGCUUCCUCCCUCACCUUGAACAUCCAAGAUGGCCCAGAAGCAGGACAAAGUGUUCCACACGUUCACAUUCAUAUUAUCCCACGAAAGUCUAGUGACUUUGCGAGAAAUGAUGAUAUCUAUGAUGCAAUGGAUGAGAAUGAUAGAGCAUUAAUGCAACAUAUUGAUUUGGAUGAGAAGAGGAUGGAUAGAGGAUUUGAGGAGAUGGCACAAGAAGCUGAUGAAUACACAAAGCUUUUCCUCUAGUUGUGAUGGCUUUUGUUAAUGUUUUAAAAGUCGUCAAAAAAAAACUUAUGAAGAUGACGUUGCACUUUACAUCGGUUUUAGACUUUAAAUUUUAAGUGUUAUGUUUUAAACUUCGAACAUCUUUCAGUCUCCUUUAUAACUUGGACAUAGUUACCUUAUUUAUAAGAGUUAGAUUGUCCUUAGAAUGUUACGUGAUUAAUUUUGGA